AUGCAGCUCAUGCGCCCGGCAGAGAUCUCUAUGGUUAUCCAUUACAUGACGAAGGCGCGGUAUGAAGAUAGGGAUUUUUGGCGAGACCUCCGUCGGGAACUGUGUUGUAAUAGCGUCACUGCCAGCUUCCGUGUCCGUGACCUGAGUAUGGUCGUCGGUAGUCUCAAUUCAGUGGAGCUCCUGGAUGCCCAGACGCUCGCAUGCUUGACGGCGAGCACUCGACAAGCGGCUUGCACGUUGAAUAUGGACUCGCUCAUGCCUCUUAUUAGGACCUAUAUUAAACUCACAUCCCCUGAGGGUGUUUUGAAGGCCCUGGGGGCGACCGACUUCUACCCGAUCACUUCGAUGUGUGCUGACUACCUCCUCAACCGUCCCGCUGUUGUUACUUCGUCCAACGUGGUGGAGAUAUUCUCAGGGUUGGCUACAUUGAAGUAUGAUGGGAAACACUGUUAUGAAGCUUUAUUACGCAAGUGUCGCUUUUGGAUCCUCACCAUGCCCUACGAGGCUGUAGCUAUCUUGUUGCAAUCAAUGGCUAGGGUCAAGAUGAGAGACUCCGAGCUUGAGGGUAAGAUUGCUCUGAGGCUUGCAAACGAUAUCGAGAAGGCUACAACUAGCGAGGAGAUCGCCAGCAUCGCUGUGUGGAUGGGCUCACUGACUCAUCACUUCUCGAAGCUCCAUGGAGAGUCCCACCCUACUCUACAGAAGACUAUCAUCAAUCACUUACCCUCGGUCGUCCACACUAUGUCUGCCGAAUGUCUGAUGCUCACAGUUCCGCCACUGCCGUUAUUGCUCACGGGCACUCCACCAAGAAACUUCAGGGAUGCGAUAUUCUCGGAGAAGUGUCGUCAAGAACUCCCUUCCUUCAUCAAAGAGGGCCUCUGUGCGAUUAUGUCAGCAGCAUAUCGUCUCGGGUAUACCUACGAUACGAGCUGGUGGGAAGAGGCUUCUGAGUUGACGGUGAAGCCGGUGAUGAGCCAUGCAUGGAGUGCUGUGAGUGUGGCGACAGUAGCUUAUCAGCUCACUCAUUUGGGAGAAGCUGAGCAUAACAUUCAUGCGACUUUGGACCAGUUAAAGGCGUUCCGCGAAACACGGAGUGAAUGGUUCACUCGAGCUGGAGACUCCCUGGCGGUCCAGAUUGGGCGAUGGCCGCCCCGACCAGUUUCAACCCUUUUAGCAUGUUUUAUUAGAAUGAAUGAGUGCCCUCAUCAGACGACGCUCGAACGGGCAUUGGACCGCGUUGAAGUCGACAUAGAUCGCUAUGAUGGUCUUUCUCUUACUCAAGUUAUCACCGCUAUGGCAAAGUUUAAUCUCAUCAACAUAGCAGUACUAGAGGACAUCGAACGAAACUUCAAGUCGGGGCGAGUGAAGUUCUCGCGCUCACAACUACGAGCGGUCAAGAGAGCGUACGACGAUAUCGGACGUGAUAAAGCAUGCAUGAUGAUUUCCUAG